AUGGAUGUCCCUCGGUCUGGGGCCACCAGUGGGUCACCAGUGGGCCGCCAGUGGGCCGCCAGUGGGUCACGUGACGCCGACUGGCGAAUGGGUUUCCGGGAUCAGGACGAGAACGGGAACGCGAUCGCGGACGAAAGUGGGAGGGCUCGACGGGACCUGUUCCUGUUGGUGUACAGUGUGGAUAGCAAGGAGAGUUGGGAAGAAGUGGUGAGGCUGAGGGAACAGAUUCUGGACACGAAAAUGAGCGCCUCGGUCACGUCCGUUCCGGCGGCGAAGAAAAGGGGAAUCCCCGCCCCCAAGGUUCCCAUGAUGAUCGCCGGCAACAAGUCCGAUCUCAACCCCUCGAAUUAUGGGAAACCUUCCUCGACCCAUUUUUCCAAAUUCUUGCCCACCGUGACGGCCGUGAAUCGCGACGCCAUCCUGCGCCAUAAUGGAGGGGAACGAGCGGAGCCCGUGGCUAACUGCACUUCACGCAUGUAUCGAUCGCGAUCGACCGACUCCUUCUCGAAGACGACCGGCGGUGUCACUCGGCUGGCAAAACUUCUUCCUUUUGGCCUUGGGGUCGUCGGUGAGGAGGGGUUCGAUGAUCUACUCGUAGGACCGAAGCAGGAGAUCAUUCGAACGCUCCGCUCCGAAAUGUCGAGUUCGCCGACCGACUUUCGAGCCGACACGCGAUUCUUCCGUUACGACCGCCUCUUCACCUUCCGAAUGGCCGUCUUCGAGGAAGACUCGACAGUUCGAUAG